GUCACUCACUGUGAAAUUUUCACAAUUCAGUCUUUUGUCGUGUCUCCUGCAAAUUGGCAGUAAUCACAAAAUUAAUUGUGAUCUCUUAUUACUGGAUGAUUGAAUUAUUUAUUGUGACAAAAUGAAUUUAACCAUUGCGGAAAGUUUAUUGCCAGUAGGAAGUGGACAAUUUCAAGUGUUGGAUUAUGUGGUUUUUAUCUCAAUGCUGGCCAUCUCAAUGGCUGUCGGCAUUUACUUUGGCUUCUUCUCAGGCAAUAACCAAUCCACUGAGGAAUAUCUACUUGGUGGUCGACGAAUGAAGACCCUCCCAAUAGCAAUAUCACUCAUCGCAAGUCAAAUUUCCGGAGUAACAAUACUGGCACUUCCAGCUGAAAUGUACGGAUAUGGGACACAGUAUGCAAUUUUAGUACCUUUUAUGAUCGUCACCGUAUCCAUCAUCAACUUUAUAUUCGUACCAGUAUUCUAUCAUAACAACAUUUCCAAUUGCUAUGAAUACUUGGAGAUGAGAUUUAGUGCUCGGAUCCGUCAUAUAAUCACAAUUACAUUUAUGGCAAACUGUUACUUCUUGCUCCCGAUUAUACUCUUCAUUCCUGCUAUUGCCUUAUCUCAAGUCACUGGGAUUAACGUUCAUCUGAUUAAUACGGUUGCCUGCUCAGUAUGUGUCAUCUAUACAAUGCUGGGAGGAAUAAAAGCCGUCGUGUGGACUGAUGUGAUUCAGGGAUCAAUAAUGGUAUUUGCAUCUCUCGUGAUUUUGAUCUACGGCAUUCGUGAGGUCGGAGGUAUCUCUGAGGUCAUCGAUCGCAACAUCAUUGGCGAUAGAAUUGAAUUUUUCAACAUGGACCUUGAUCUUACAGUUCGUGAGUCAUUCCCAAGUAUUGUUAUGGGUGGCGUUAUCAUGUGGGCAGCAUACAUUGGUCUCAAUCAAAGCUGCGUGCAGCGAAUUGUGGCCCUCAAGACUGUUAAACAUGCAAAAAAUGCCCUUUGGCUCUUCUGUCUCGGAUACUAUAUCGUUGUAGGCAUUAACCUUUUCAUUGGGAUCACGAUGUUUGCUCGAUACUACAAGUGUGACCCACUUAAAUUGGGCAUUGUGGACAAACUAGACAAAAUGGUGCCACAUUUUGUCCAAGAUACAAUUGGAAAGUUCUCAGGGAUGACAGGUGUCUUUAUUUCCUGUGUCUUCAGCGCUGGACUGAGUACCAUGUCGGCUAAUUUUAACUCACUCUCUGGUGUCAUCUAUGAGGACUACGUGAAGAAACUCCCUGGAUUUCAGCAUUCUGAACAAAAGGCGAAUUUCUGGAUGAAGUCUAUUGUAGUUCUUUCUGGAAUAUUUUGCCUAGCUGCUGGAAUUAUUGUGGAUAAAUUCGAAAGUAUUCUCGAAGUGAUGAUGACGAUUCCCAGUGUCUCUUCAGGAGCCACCCUUGGAGUUUACUGUCUGGGCAUGUUGGAUCCUUGGGCUAAUGAGAAGGGUGCUUUUUGGGGUACAACUGCCAGUGUCGCCUUCACUGGAUAUCUGGCUGUGAGGUCUAAGCUUGCAAUUCUCUCUGGUGAAAUGUCUUAUCCUCUUCUUCCCACCCGAAUAGAUGGGUGCAAUGAGAUUGGUAUCAAUAUAACAUCGUCAGAGAUUUCUAUGCUGUUCAAGAAUGAUACAGAAAUCUCCUCAAUAUCUGCUGAAGAUGAUUCUUUUGCCCUUCACAAAAUUUCAUUCGUAUGGUAUGCCGUAAUUGGCUUCCUAAUUGUACCUCUUGUGGGAAUUCCAGUAAGUCUACUUACUGGAUCUAAUGAUAUUUACAAGACAGGCAAGAGAUUAAUCUCUCCAGUCGCGCACUGGAUUCUCCCAGAGGAUAUGCGGACAAAAGACGGUCCUCUCAACAUGGAGAAUGUAAUCACUAACAUUCAAGGAGAUCAAAUAAAAGACACCACAUGGGUGUGGGAAGGCAAGGAAAAGGACGAUAAACAGCAAAAUUAUUCUAGAUAAUUGUUAAUUAAUAAAAUAGGAACAUUAAUGAAAAAAUAUACCUGAAAAUCCUGUGCUUUUGGGAAUGAUGCCACGAGUCGUCGUCUUCGGAUUAUGCUAACGUCCAAGAGUUCAUGAUCACUUCUUCACAACUUAUUCGUUACUUUCACUGCAUUUUAAAUAAGUGCCAUAAACUUUUGUUAGAGCUUUUUAUCACCAUGUGAUUUUGAAGAAAUACAUUGCACAGGAAACAACUAAGGAAAUUAUUAUUAGAGAUUACUGAUUCACCAUUUAGUUACUUUAUCGUGUACAAUAGGAAAAUUAAGAAAAAAAAUUACUUGUUUAAUGAAUAAAAGCCAAACGGAAAACUCGUUUGAUUUAAAAUUAAAA